AAAAUGGUUGCGAGCACUCGUGUGCAGAAGCUCCUUAGACGGUACAAAGUCGCAAUCGCGGCCGGUUUAACGAUUUUGCUGAUCCAGGGGCUGGUGGUAUGGAGUCUGCGGAGUCUGGAGGAGGGAGAGGCUGAGGAGGAGGGAUUCCUGUCGCAGGGUCCUCGACACUGCCAUCCACCCAGGGGAGCGCCGCUGCCGUCCGACGGGGGACGGAGUAGCCCGACCACCCGGACGCGGGGAACGGCCGCCGUCCGCGAGGCGAGUGGGGACGGGACUCCCCGACCGCCUGGAGCGAGGGAGCCGCUGCCGGGGGCGGAGGAGUGCCCUGCCGUCCCCAGGGAACGCGGAGGGGUCGAGAGAAGACCGCCGUCCGUGGGGGGAGGAGGGAAGCGACUCCCCGACCGCCUGGAGUGGUAGGGCCGCUGCCAGGGGCGGAGGAGAGUCCCCACGGGACGCCGGGAACGUUCUGUCCGCUGGGGGUCGGAGGUCUGACUCCGGUCCGCCUGGGGAGGAGCGGCUGCAGUCCACCUGAGAGGGUGGAGUAGUGAUCGAGGACCACGCGACGGCGCAUCAGAGAACCGCGGAAGCACAGGCGAUCAAAGUUGCCUGACCACAAUGGGCAAGACCAGAAAAUGGACCCUGUGGCCUCCGAGAAGCAAAACACCCUUUCUGGGACAAACCGUGGCCAGUGGAGGCUGCGCCCGGAUCGGAUGGCUGUGACCAGGAUUAUCAGGAGUGAGUCUAGAUGGAGAAUCAAGCCCUCUUUGAAGGACAAGAGUCUUGGCGUGCCAGAUGAUAGAGUCGUAGUGGAAAAAGUUGCCCACUACGAUCCCUCUAGCAGCCGUAACUUCAGUGAGACUCGGGCAGGCGAAAUGGCAAAAAUCCAUCUAGUGGCACCAGGAGAACCAGGCAGCGUUGAGGGUGCUCCUCAAGUUCAGAGUAGUGACUUUGUUCCCAAAUGUGAGAUCUUGGGCAAGGACGCCCUGUCUGCCCUCCACCGUGCAGGUUCACGGCAGUGUAGACAAGAGAUCGCCAACAUCGUAUGCCAGCACCAAGCAGGACAACUCAUGCCACCAUCUCUGCCACAGUUCUGCCUACAGCAUGUAAUCUCCAGUGCUGUCCAGAAUGCAGAUUUCAACACCAGCCUCUCCAAGGUUGAGAACCCGGUUAGGGUGGUAUUUGUGCUGAUGGUUCACGGGCGAGCAGUCCGACAGCUGAAGCGUCUCCUAAAAGCCAUCUAUCACAAAGACCACUUUUACUACAUCCAUGUGGACAAGCGUUCAAACUACAUGCAUCGAGAGGUGCUGCAGAUAGCGGAGCUUUACCCUAACGUGAGAGCCAUGCCCUGGCGCAUGGUCACCAUCUGGGGCGGGGCCAGUCUGCUGAAGGCAUACCUGCGUAGCAUGCACGAUCUGCUCUCAAUGCUGGACUGGAAAUGGGACUUCUUCAUCAACCUCAGCGCUACUGACUUUCCCACCAGGACCAACGAUGAGCUGGUGGCUUUUCUCUCCCAGAACCGUGACAAGAACUUCCUGAAGUCUCAUGGCAGAGAAAACGCAAGGUUCAUUAAGAAGCAGGGUUUGGAUCGCCUGUUCCAUGAAUGUGACAAUCACAUGUGGCGUCUGGGUGAGCGCACCAUCCCUGAGGGGCUGGAGGUGUCUGGAGGCUCAGACUGGUUCUCCCUCACGCGGCGGUUUGUGGAAUAUGUGGUGAACUCUCAGGAUGAGCUGGUGAUGGGGCUCAAGCAGUUUUACACCUACGCUCUUCUGCCUGCUGAGUCUUUCUUUCACACAGUAUUGGGAAACAGCCACAUGUGUGAGACUCUGGUGGACAAUAACCUGCGUGUGACCAACUGGAACAGGAAGCUGGGCUGUAAGUGCCAGUAUAAGCACAUAGUGGACUGGUGUGGCUGUUCACCUAAUGACUUCAAACCCGCAGACCUCAUCAGAAUACAGCAGCUGACGCGACCCACGUUCUUUGCCCGCAAGUUUGAGUCCACUGUGAACCAGGAGGCCAUAGAUAUCCUGGACACUCAUCUGUACGGGCAGUACCCGCCAGGCACAGUGGCACUGAAAGCAUACUGGGAGAGUCUGUUCGAGCAGGCUGACAAAGUCUCGUCACUGAAUGAUGUGGCCCUUACUGCAUACUCGUCAUUCUUUAGACUGGCCCUCCGUAGACAGGAGACCACUCAAAGCAGUAUUGACGCCUGCCGGUUUGAGCCCAUUGGCUACCCCAUCUCUGUGCAUCUGUAUUUUUAUGAUGACCAUUUCCAAGGUUACCUGGUGAGGCAAGAGGUGCAGAAUUUGGUGAGCAGGUCGCGAGAGAUGUUGGAGUUGUGGGCUGUUCCCCAGACAGCACUGCAGCUGGAACACAACCUUCAUGAGUUUGAGAGACUCAAACACCUCGAGGUUGGAACCGAAUGGGACCCAAAGGAGCGAAUCUUCCGUAACUUUGGCGGUGUGAUGGGACCCUUUGAUGAGCCGGUGGCUGUUCAGAAGUGGGCUCGCGGGCCCAACCUUACAGCCACCAUAGUGUGGAUUGACCCAGCACACAUAGUGGCAGCAUCCUAUGACAUCAGCAUAGAUGUGGAGACAGAGUUCACACAAUAUAAGCCGCCCCUGCAGCGCCCCCUCAGGCCGGGAGUUUGGACGGUGUGUGUGCUGCGGCUGUGGGAGCGUGUAGCAGAAGCUCGCUUCCUAGUCAUGCCCCUGACCUUCAAGGGACGAGAGCCACUGCGCACAGAAGACCAUGGGUGGAUACAUGCAGGUCCUCCAGGUAACGUGUACUUGGAGCAAAGCUUCCAGCAGCUCUCCCAUGUGUUAAAGCUGCCGCCCAGCGAGCCCGCCCUGCAGGAGGCGCAUAAGAAGACUUACCUGGUCGGAAAGCCACUGGAGGCCUGGGUGGACAGCUUGGUUGGGACCUUCUGGGUCACAGGACAUAUCUGCUCUGAGCAGACCUCUUCCUGUCCCACCAUUGGACUCUGCAGCAAAACCUCUUGGAGCUCGUUGUCCCCGGACCCCAAAUCAGAACUUGGGCCAGUCAAAAUUGAUGGUCGCAUUAGGUAGCCCAGUAGAGCUUGAACAAUCGGAGGAGAAUGGGGAAAUCCCUGAAGGACAGUUCACAAGAGUGAUGUUUACGUGUUGUGGUCUUUGAGACCAUCCCAUUGCUAGUCUGUUGAGGGCUAAGCAACUAGUUGAGGGUGGAUCUACCUGAGAAACUAUAUACAUUUGCACAAAAAGACUGCCAGACAUUGUAUGAGUCUUGCUUUCAUAAAUCAAUGUUCAACAGUCACUUAAAUACAUUGUUCUGAGUAUUAUUAGCAAAUAGUUUACGGUGUGGGUUAAUGGUACAAAGACCCAAAUCUGAACAAUUAUACACUUUUAGGGGCCAAUCACACAGAACACUUUUUUUGUAUUUGAAAAAGCGAGAUGUAGCGCAACAGAAUAAAACAAAUGCAAGUUUUUUGUAACAUAUAUUUUUAAAAGUUGAACUCUUUUAAAGCUUCAUGCAAAGUCUUAAAAAUGUGGUGCUCAUGGCACAAGAUGCUGAAAAAAAACAAAAAAGCAAAAUGUGCCACUACGUUUAAAGGUAUAUAUCAAGCGUACAUGAAAGGGAACAAAACGCAGGUGUCUCAUAACACGUUAUAACUGUUGAACUUUUGAAACUUCAAGCAAUGUCUUAAAAAUGCAGUGCUCAUGACGCAGGAUAUUUAAAAAAAAAAAAAAGGGAAAAAUAUUUCACAACGGUCAAAGAUGUAGAUCUGGCGUACACGAAAUGGAACAAAACGCAGGUGUUUCGUGGCAUAUUUGUAACAGUUAAGCUGUUUUAAACUUCAAGCAAAGUCUUAAAAAUUUGAUGCUCAUGGCGCAAGAUGCUAAAAAAACAGCUAAACAUGUCACAACGGUCAAAGAUGUCAAUCCGGUGUAGGGGGUCCUCACACUUCUAUGGCAAUAGAUCUGCUUUUCAGAAUAUUAUUAUAAGAUGUACCAAGCUCAAUUUAAAUAUAUAUUGUAAGUAGUUUUGUCACAAUAACAAAAUUUCAGUUGUCGGUACCAAUACCAGUGAAAUUUGGUGAUUCUCGUUACCAGUUUCGAUAUUACACCAAAAUUGAAUAAAACAUUUGAAUUAAGUAAACAUGUAAUUGAAGUUCUCAAGUAAGUAUUUAAGACAAAUAUAAAGUCAAUAGUACAAUAAGAAUAAAGAAGCAAAUAACAAGCAAUAGAACAAAGAAAAACAAUAGGACAAAUAUACAAAUUAAUGUCACAUCCACACUAAUCUGUUUUCUUUUGAAAACGCAGUUUUCCGUUUCCUAAUCUCAUCGUUUUCCAAUUUAUGCGGUAAUGUUGGAGGAAAACACCAGUGUGGAGAAGCCUUAACAUAGCAUGUUGGGUAAGUUACUCAAACUUACUACAAAUUGAUAAUUACUUGAGUAAAAUUGUAAUCAGAUUUCUUUACUGAUUACUUCCUGGAAAAAGUAAUCGGUACUCUCCAAAACACUUUUCACAGAAAUGUUUGUUUUUCAGCUCAACAAAUUCAAAAUACUGUCUAUAUUUCAUCUUUUUUCAUUGUCAUUCAUUCACCUUUUAGCUGUCACAAAAAGACUAACAGACAUAAUACAUAAAUAUUACUUCAGAAACACUGUUUGUUUAACCCAAUUAAUGUACUAAAAAAAGUAAUUACCUUAAUUGAAAGUCAGUUGCUGUAAUCUGAUUACAAGAAUUUUAAAUGUAAUGUAUUACACUACUUUUGACUUAAAAGUAUUUAAAUUACACCCAACACUGAUCACGAUCAACGUAUAGUAGUACCCCGAUCUAGCUCAUGGUUACAUAGUAAGUAAAAUAACAGCGCAGAUGGGUGCAAGAAUGUGUCCUGUGUGAACGGCCCUUUUAUUCUUUGUUAAAAGAAAAUCAAACUGUGCACAUUAUUUUCCUCUGUAAAACAGUAGCCAAAAUUCUUAUUUGAAGCUCACUGGAGUCCUCUGGCUUGAUCACUAUAUGCUUAUUUUGAAGCAUUGAUAUUAAACCGUCAGAAGCAGAUUGAAGAAGUGCACUUUACUGUAAAACAAUGCUCCUCCCUGAUUGGCUUAAUCUCAGAGGAGGAGGCAGAGCCGAUACCUUUUCCAUUGCAUGGAAUCAUUGUGUAUAGUGACAAAACAAGCUAAACUUCUCAUGAACGGAAGCCGUUCAUCGAGAGACUGACGCGAAUCAGUUUUGUGAUACUGUAACUAUUUGUCGUCACGUUGAAUGUCCUUUGAGUUGAAAUACAUCUCAUCAAGGACAUGUUAUUUGUCCAUUACUGCACAGUUCACUUCACAAAGAUCGCAUUGUACAAAGACGAAGACUGCCUGAAUUGACCCUGCUGAAGAUCAUUAUGUGACCUACCGCCCACACAAAUAUUUAAAUGCUGUGUUGUAGUAUUUCACACUUAAGUUUUUUUGGUUCUCAACUCUCGAGUAGUUUUCCUUUGUUUCUUGGCAUAAUUUGUGUAAAAGAUCACAACAUUAGGAGACUCAAGUUACACCAUUAUUUGGUCAAACCACUAGCUGCUGUUUUUGUUUAUAGGGAUAAAUCACCCCCAAAAAAUGACUGAGGGACUGGAAAGCUCCAAAAAGGACACUGCGUUUUCAUCCUAUAGGAAAAAAAAUCAGCUCUGACAUUCAGUGUUCCACGGAAUAAAGAAAGUCAUAAGUAUUUGGAAACUGAAUGAGGAUGAGAAAAUAAUGGACUAACUUUUUGGUGAACUAUGGUUUGUCCUGUAGAUAAUUGCAGGAUUGAUAAGAAUGGGUCCAUCUUCAUUUAAACAUGUCAUAACCUGGUUGCCACUUUUUAGCCACCACAUUUUAGGAUUGUUUUCGCUCUUUAUUUGGUGAGAAUGAUGUCUUAAGUAUUCAAAGGAAUUGUUUCAGGUAUUGAUUUACUCGUAACACUUUAAAAUAUGGUUGUAUUUGUUUUUGAUAAAAGAAUAUUUUACACAAUUUAAAUUCUCAUUUACUCACCCUCAUGCCAUCCCUAGUUUGUAUUACUUUCUAUUGCAAAACACAAAUGAAGAUUUUUAGAAGAAAAUUUCAGCUCUGUAGGUCCAUACAAUGCAAGUGAAUGGGUGCCAAAAUUUUCAAGCUUAAAAAAAACACAUAAAGACUACAUAAAAGUAAUCCAUACAACUCCAGUGGUUUGUUUAAUGUUUUGGGGUGAGAACAGACCAGAGUGUAACUCCUUUUUUCUCUAUAAACCAUGACAGCAGUCUCCUUGGCGAUUAUUAUUUCAAGCUCGAUUAUACUUCCUAUACUGCCAUCUAGAGCUCUGCACAUGCGUCAAGCACUAGGAAGUGUAAUCGAGUUUGAAAUCAUGAUUGUGCCUCAAGACUGCAAUGGCAAGAUGUAUAGAGAAAAAGGAGUUAUAUUUUGGUCUGUUCUCAUCCGAAACUGAUUGGAUCGCUUCAAAUGACAUUGAUUAAACCACUGGAAUCGUAUGGAUUAAAAAUGCUUUUUGGAGCUUCAGUGUUUUGGUCACCAUUCACUUGCAUUGUAUGGAUCUACAGAGCUGAGAAUAUUCUUCUAAAAAUCUUCAUUUGUGUUCAGCAGAAGAAAGAAAGUCAUACAUAUCUGGGAUGACAUGAAGGUGAGUAAAUGAUGAAAGAAUUUUCAUUUUUGGGUGAACUAUUUGUUUAACAUUACUUAACAUGAAUUAACAAUAAACAAAACUGUUCAGCUCUUAUUAAUCUUGGUUAAUGUUAAUUUCAACAUAUACUAAUACUUGACAUUUUUAAAUUAAAAGUUAUACAUUUUAUUUAAUGCAUUAUGAACUAACAUGAACGAAAAAUUAACUAUUAAUAAAUGCCGUUAAAAAUAUUCAUUGUUCAUGAUGCCUCAUGCAUGCAGUGAUCAGAAUCUUAUUCUAAAGUGUUGCAGAACAGAAAAUACUGAAUCAUUUCUUCUUGUAGGUUAUAAGUGUCCUUUUUCUCUUCAUAUAUGUGCUUCAACAAUGCUUAUAAAUGAUGAUAUAAAGAAUGAAUGAAUGAAUUAUAUUUUUCUAUUUGUCAUAUUUUAAACUGUCAUUUUGAACUUGAGAAUGCUGCUUCAGCUUUUAUUUUGAUGCCUCGUUCUUCAUCAUCACACACACCUGGUCACUAAAGGUCUGUGAGGGACAUAAAAUCCAACUCUUGAAGUUCGGGUCACAGAACCAGGCAGAAAUGGGCAGAAAAAGAUGUCACAUGAUGCAUAAUAAAGACAUGAAAUCUCA